AUGGCAUUCACUAAUCCAAUGACACAGAGGCUAUCUCCUCUUGAAAGAAUGAAUCUUAUACAGUUAAAGCAACAUCUUCGACAGGAAAGAUAUUAUAGGCUCAAAAGAAUACAGCAUAAUUUGUCGAUGAAGGAAAGGAAGAAUCAGCAAAACUUAAUUGAUAAAAUAUGCGAGCAUGUGGAAGCAACCUCCCAAAAGUAUAGAAAAUUAAAUCAAGAUUCUAAGAGGAAGUUAUUGACUGCUGGUCCGUCUCUGUCAGUCAACGAAAACAAUAAACAACUUGUUUUGUCCUCAGACAAAAAUAAACAAAUGGUCCUACCAGGAGAUAGCAAAAAGAGAAAGUUUGGUCUCUUUUCAGCGGAUUUCAGUUACGAUGAUAUCUUAGCGGAAGAAAAUAAUAAGAUCACAUCCAAAGAGUUUGAGAAAGAUAAUUCAAUAUUACAUAUAACGAAAAAUAACAAUAACGGCCAUGCGCUAUCUGAGGGCACCAGCAAAAGCAUAAACAAACACCCAAGCAACAAUUCAUUUAUGAAAGUUAAUCCGUCAAGCGGAUUUAGAUUCACAAAGAAAAACUUGUCUUUAUUAAAGCCUAGUGAGGUAGAUAUUGCAGAAUCAACGCGUGCCGAAGAAACUAUUGUCAAUACACAAGAUACCCCAUCGAAGAUCGUCACAGGAACACAACCCUCAAUGUUUGGUUCCAGUAUUCCUAUUAAGCAAGGGAAUACAACUUUAAGUGAACCAGCAGCGUCAUCUAGCCCAUCGCUUGCGCAAGAGAAACCAAAACCUAGUACAGGAUUCACAUUAGGUUCAAUAAAGAAAGCUGAAACAGAGGAUCAAUCUAACAAAAGUUUUUCUAUUGGAUCCAAUCCAUUGAGUUCAACCGGAACCUCUCAUCUGUUAUUUUCACUGAUCAGCAAAGCUGGUGCUGAAAAGGAAGCGGCAUCAAAGGCACCAGUGUCGCUGUUCAAAUUUGGAAAUUCCUCAAACGUUAUCGCGGAUAAGCCAGUUGGCAAUGAAUUGGAAGGUACCAAAUCUUCAAAUGGUGGAUUUUUGUUUGGAAAAAACAGUUCCAAGCCAGCUACUUCCAAUGGAUUGAAUUUUUCUUUUGGCACCAAUUCCUCAAAAUCAGAUACCAAGGCACUAAAGGAACCAACGAUCGCGAAAACUGAUGUGAUUAAAGAAAAUGAGUCAGAAGCUAAAGAAAAUUCUUCUGAUGAUAAUAAGACAACAGCCUCAUUUUCGUUCGGUAAAUCUAAUUCUUCCGAGAAGCCUUUCCAGUUUAACAAGCUGGCGGCGGGUUCAUUUGGUAAACCAGUGACUGACAACAAAGUUAAAAGUGAAAAAACAUCAUUAUUUUCGUUCGGUAAAUCAGUGGAUGAUAAGAAGGUUGAAAAUACAAAAACACCUGCAUUUUCGUUCAGUAAACCAGUGGGUGACAACAAAGUUGAAGAAGAAGCACCAGUAUUUUCACUUGGCAAUUCAAAAACUACAUUAGCAGAAAAGUCAACUGGUCAAUCUUCAAAUGUUGGCUUCAAUUUUGGAAGCUCUUUAGGUGGUGAAAAUAAUUCCACUAAACCAAAACUUACAUUUGGAGAUAUUAGUACUAAGUCGAGUUCUGCUGCUGAAGAGAAGGAGAAACCGGCUACUGCUUCUUCUGGCUUCUCUUUUGCAAAUAACAAUAAAGACACUUCUGCUCCAUUUAGUUUCGAUAAAGCAUUGCCUACCGACACUAAAGCUUCUUCAAACCCAACUAGUACAUUUGCUUUUGGCGGCCAAUCUAAGGAGACAAAGUUGGGUCCUCAGAUCUCUACUGCUGCUGUCUCGGAGAGCGGCUCACUGAUUUUUGGUAAUGAUCUCAACAAGAUUUCGGAUCUGAAGCCUACAACUGGCGGAUUUGGGCUCAAGAAAUCAUCUGAGGCUAGUGGUGCUACAUCUAUUUUCUCAUUUGGUAAAACACAGCCUUCUGCUGAUAGUACACAAGCCAAAAAGUCCCCAUUAUUUGGAAAUGUAUCUACCACUGAUUCUACAAAACCUUUCACUUUCGGUGGGUCCAACCCAACAAAUUCUUCAACAAGUGCAGCUAGUCCUUCCCCCGGAUUCAAUUUCGGAAGUGCUAAAACCUCAAGUGCCUCUGGAUCUGCUACUGCGUUUAACUUUGGAGCGACUAACACCAAAAUAGUGGGCGCAACAACUCCAAACUUCGGAUUUGGUAAAAAUAUGAAUGCUGAUGAAGCACCAAAAAAGUCCACAUUAAAUUCUAGCUUUGGAAAUCAAAUGUCCGACAAUAAUAAUUUGUUUGGUGAAAAGAGAUCAUUUGAAACUAAUGAUGAGCCAGAUAUGAAAAAGAAAGGCGCGUUUGGGAGCAGUUUUGGUAACAAUAGCAAUUCGUUAGCGACACCAAAACCCGCCCAACCAAUUUUCGGAGGUGCUAGUGGCAGCACGAGCUUCAAUUUCAGCGGGAGCUCAUCUAAAACUCCUAUGAAUGGUGGCUCUAAAUUCAAUUUUGGAAAUGUUGAUGGACAGCAAUCACAGCCAAGAAGCAGCACACCGUUUGGGACAACUCAAGCUUCUGGAGUUAAUAACAGUAAUAAUAACCAGAUUCUGUCAAACCCAGGAAGCUCUGGAUUCAAUUUUGGAAAUAAUUCGAAUAGCAACAACAACAAUAAUAACAAUAGUAAUAGUAGUGGCGCAUUUGGAAAUAAAAUUGCUGAUGGAAAUGGAUUUAGUUUUGGUGGUGCAAGCAAUAGCAGCAGCAAUGCUAAUAAUGCUUUUGGUAAUAACGGUUUUGGUAAUAACUCUCAAUCGAAUUCUGGCGGAUUUAAUUUUGGAGCACAAAACAAUGGAUCUGCCUUUGGUUCCAUGAAUAAUAGCGGUAGCCCAUUUGGGAAUACUUCCAAUAAUGGAGGUGCUUUCAGUGGUAAUAACAACAGCCAGAACAAUAACAACAAUAAUAGCAAUCAAGGCGGUGGUAAUGGUGGAUUCAACUUCUCGUUCGGUGCUGGCAAUAAUUCUGCCUUGCCUGACCCAACUUCGGUGUUUGGUAAUCCUGGAACUCCAAAUCCUCCCCAAAUGAACGCUGGCAACACUUCGAACGGGUUUAAUUUCGCCCAAGGGUCUACACCACCAGUGACCCCAGGGACCACUGGGACCCCCAGAAGGAUCCUUCACCCUAGAGGUAGACUUCGUCGAUGA